AUGAAGUCCUUCCUUUCCAUCCUACUUUACACGCCCUUGACUGUCGCUAUAUGGCCGCAUCCCGUCACUUACGAGCAUGGAAAAGAUGUGCUAUUCGUCCGAAGAAACAUCCCCUUCUAUGUUUAUGAAGCAGGCGCAAGAAAUGUAGGCUCAAUUGCCAAUCAAGAAGCAUUCCUCUUUGCAUCAAACUCUAACGCAAGUCCUGAAAUACAGGAUACUAAUAGUGAGUGGAGGCUUCGAAAACGCUACACAGGGCCUCCAUCCGAGGAUUACGGCCAUGACGGGUAUGACGACACGGAAGAACAUCUUUCGGGUGACACCAUUGUCGACUACGCGAUAGACUCUGCGUGGCACACUAUCUUCAAGAAGAGCUUGUAUCCAUGGAAGUUUCACCCACGGGACUGGAAUGAACCUUCGCUACACAAGAAUGCCACUUUUCUCAAUCGUGUUGAUAUUCGAAGGCUCAGUCAUGACCCACGAGGCAUAGCGAAGCCACUCGCUGGCGAAGUCGACGAGUCCUACCGCAUCACACUGACGGAAGGUGGCAAGGCGAGCAUCAUUGCAAACACCAGCGUUGGAAUCGCACGAGCCCUGGCUACUUUCACGCAACUAUUCUAUGUGCACUCGAAUGGAAAACAUGUAUACACACCGCUCGCGCCGGUCAACAUCUACGACGCGCCCAAGUUUCAGCAUAGAGGCAUCAACCUCGAUGUUUCACGGAACUACUUCCCCGUCGCAGACAUUAAACGCCAGAUCGAUGCGCUUGCCUACAACAAAAUGAACCGUUUCCAUCUGCACGUCACAGACUCGCAGUCCUGGCCCUUGGAAAUCCCCUCGAUCCCCUCGCUCUCAGCCAAAGGCGCAUAUCGCCCAGAGCUCGUCUACACUGCGAGGGACUUCAGGGACAUUCAACGCCAUGCCGCGAUCCAGGGCGUGGAGAUGAUCACCGAAAUCGACAUGCCCGGCCAUACGUCGAGUAUCCACUACUCGUUCCCUGAGCUAAUUGCUGCGUUUAAUGCCCAGCCGGACUGGGAGACAUAUGCUGCUGAGCCACCGGCUGGGACCUUGAAGCUCAACUCCACCGCAGUAUACGAUUUCCUUGAAAAACUCUUCGACGACCUACUCCCUCGUGUACACCCGUAUUCUUCUUACUUCCACACCGGCGGCGAUGAAGUGAAUAUGAAAGCGUACACGCGAGAUGAUACGGUGAAUAGCAGUGACGUCGCUGUCCUCCAACCCCUGAUGCAGAAAUUCAUCGAUCGAAACCACAAUCAAGUCCGUGCUAUGGGUCUUACACCCGUAGUAUGGGAAGAAAUGCUUCUAGACUGGAAUAUCACGCUCGGCAAAGAUGUAAUCGUGCAGAGUUGGCAGAGCGAUGAAGCAGUCGCGAAGAUUGUGAAAAGCGGGCACAAGGCAUUAGUAGGCAACUACAACUACUGGUACCUAGACUGCGGUAAAGGCCAAUGGCUCGACUUCGACCCUUCCGUCUCGGCAGAUUUCUGGCCCUACAACGAUUACUGUGCCCCCUUCCAUAACUGGCGCCUCAUCUACUCGUACGACCCGCUCGCCGGCGUCCCAGAAGAGCACCACCACCUCGUUAUCGGAGGAGAAGCGCAUUUGUGGGCCGAGCAGACGGACCCAGUCAACAUCGACCGCAUGAUCUGGCCGCGUGGCUCUGCGGUUGCGGAGGUGCUGUGGAGUGGAGCGAAAGACGGCGAGGGAAGGAAUAGGAGCCAGAUCGAUGCGUCGCCUCGGCUGAGUGAGAUGAGGGAACGGCUUGUGCGCUUGGGAGUCGGCGCUGAGCCUAUACAGAUGCCGUAUUGUCUGAUGGAGAGUGAGGGUGGGACGAAGCCGCAGUGCCAGUUGGGAUGGAAUCGAUGA